ACCCUCAAUCUCCACUUAGCAGCACCCAGAAAGACCAACAUGUCGCCAGUCCUUGCUCGAGCCGCUAUUCGCAACGCCGCUGCUACCGGCACAAGGCAAUUCUCGCUCAUGGCUGCCAUGCGCAACAUGGCGCGCUCCUUUGAGCCCCACCCCUUCCAGCGUCUGCCCAACACGCAGAAGCCGCAAUCUGCAGACUAUGCCAAGAUCCUCAAGCGUUCCGGCAAGACUGUCAUGAUCUACGUUCCCGGCAUGGCCUUGAUCCUUGGCUGGCCCCUCAUGGCUCAAAGGGUGAUCGAUGGUCACGUCUAA